AUGAACUGGGAGAACGUUACGGGAUGCCUUAACCUUACCGUGGCUGAGGAGGCGUCAAUGUCCGCCAACGUGUACUCUAUAUCUCAUGCUCGAUCUAAGGUCCUGGACUUCAGUUCGCCCGUCUUCUUGGAUGACCAGACUAUAGCUUACAUGAGGCCACACUUUGUUCCACAAAUCGAUAGCUUCGUCAAGCCAUUUGAAUUUCGGGGCUGGGUGGCAAUCUUCCUGGCGAUCCUCCUGGUUUACGUGGUCAUCGUAGCUGUUCAGUUUGGUCACAACAAAGUGAUUAUGUCCUCUGAUCUGCCUGAGAGUGAGAAGAAGAAGCUGUACAACCCCAUCGGUUUCAAACAUUGGCUUUGGUCUUUCACGGGGCUCAUAGACCAAGACAUCCGCUGGCAACCAGCUGGGCUCCCGGUGAGGGCCAUAGGCGGUUUCUGGAUCCUGAUGGGAGCUGUCAUCAGCAUCCUGUAUCGGUCGACCCUGCGAGCGAUGCUCAUCACUCCGAAGAUCGUGCUGCCUUUCACCGAUUUCAGAAGCCUGGCCGCGACAGACAUCAAGAUCUGGGCGCCGCUCGGUAGUCGAUUCAACGAAGCCUUGAACCUGGCAGAACCGGGGUCCAAACUGGCGGGAGUGAGGAAGAACAUCAUUAUGACGAGAAACAUUACAGAAGGACCUGAGGGCCUCUUCAAUGAGACCUGGGGUGUUGUUGACGUCCGCAAAGCCAUCCUCUACUACGUCCAUCGCGACUUCUCUCGGAGAGCAUAUUGCAACUACUACAUCAUCAACGACGGCGUCUUGAGAACCACUUCAUUGGCUUUUGGCUUCCCAAAAGGGUCGACUUUAAGACCAAAAGUUGACAAAAUAUUACGAAACCUGAGAGCCUUCGGCAUCAUCAACCAUCUGUUCAGCAUACGUAUCCGGAACGCGACACAGUGUCUAAAGCCGCUGGACGUCGACUUUGCCACCUUGCUCCGGCCGAUGGCCGUGAAGGAUUACUACGGCGUUUACGUCAUCUUUUUCACAGGAAUUGUUCUGAGUACAUUGUCAUUCCUUUUGGAAUGGUUGGUCUAUGCAGCUCUUGGACGGAGAAGAAAGAAAUGUGCUUUCGUCAAGAAGAUGCUCCACUAACAUCAGAUCUUGGAAUACAGACCUACGAGACUCUUGAAAGAUGAGGGACCACGGCCAAACGUCAAGUUUAUAACUUAUUAUUAUUAAUUAUUUUUUGUUUAAUUUUAUUUUCUGCGGACGUGUUUUUUAGAUCCGUCUGAUUAUAUCCGUCUGUCUGACACUCUCUCUCUCUCUCUCUCUCUCUCUCUCUCUCUCUCUCUCUCUCUCUCUCUUAUAAUAUUUCUCUUUUUCCCUUACUCAUUCAUAAAUUGAAUUCAGUGAAGAAUUAAUGUUAUCAUAAAAACAGGAUGGAUUAAAACUUAGCCAGAUUGGAUAUAGACUUCUUAUAAUUCAUAUAAGCUUGUUACAAGAACCUGCACAACUGAUAG